AUGACCUCUAACGACCGCCACGCCUCGCACGACUCUCCAUACCGGACGGGCCAGCAUGUCCCCGUCGCACAAAGUCGACACGCUGCCCUAACAUCAGUCGCAACCAGUGCUAUUGACUCCCAGCAAGACCUCUCCCAGACAUACCAAGAGGCGAAGCGACCUUCUGUCUCCUCGUCCCACGUCGCCCAUUCCCCCAACAGACCCUACUCUCCGGGCAUGCGCUCCUUAAACUCGCCGAAACUUGCUGGCAUCGACGAGGUUGUUUCUCCAGGCGAGAUUCAAAUGCAGAAUUUCGCUGAUGGCGCUCCUCCUCCACCACCAGUCGCCCACUCGUGGAAAAAAAUCGACCGAUGGGCCGAGAAGAACUAUACUGAACUCUGGGAUCAGCUCGGGGAAGGGUGUACACAGAAUGAUAUCAAUGAGCUGGAACACGAGCUAAACAUGUCCUUGCCGCAAGACGUCCGCGAUUCGCUCGCCAUUCACGACGGACAAGAGCGCGGUGGUCGACCGACGGGUAUCAUUUUCGGUUGCAUGCUUCUGGACUGUGAAGAAAUUGUACAGGAAUGGAAGAAUUGGCAGGUCGUCAACGAGGAGUACCUGACUGGCGCACGGAGACCGUCCUACAGCUCCAAAGGCCUUAGCAAUGGUGCCUCGUCCUCCAAUCACGCACAGAACCGCUUCUGGAGACAAGAAUUGCUCGAUCGCCAGGAGUCCCAACCACCAAACGCGAUUCAGAAGGCAUAUGCACAUCCCAGCUGGAUUGCGCUGGCCAGGGACUGGGGCGGGAACAACAUCGCCAUCGAUCUAGCGCCAGGCCCCAUGGGUCAAUGGGGUCAGGUUAUCCUGUUUGGCCGUGACUACGACUGCAAGUAUGUCGUUGCUCGGUCAUGGGCACACUUUCUGGCCACUGUGGCGGAUGAUCUCAGCACCGAGAAGGUCUUUGUGGAUGAGGACACGGGCGAGCUUAAAUUGAGGGAAUUCAGGACCGAGGCUGUCGAGCCGGCUUAUAUGGAUAUUUUGCGUUGGCGAGCAGAUCAGAAAUAUGGCCGCCGAGGACCAAGACGGAGAUCUCACCCAGGCGGCAUCAACACUAGCACGGUAGCACAAAACGGGCGUCAUUCCCCAUACGGCAGUCCGGUCAUUGGCGAAGAUAGAGGCCGGUCUCCUCAACGAUUCUCCAGAGGACCGGCUACGGGCAGUCCAAGACACGCGGUCGGCAGUCCUCUAGCGCGUGUUCAGGAAGAGAUUGCCCAGCCACAGGCCAUUCGACCCGGCGGUGACGUGGUUAGAGACUUCGCCGAAGCCGCUGAGCAGUCUGUCACCGAAGGCAAGAAACGAGCUGCACCAGCACCCAUAGAUCCAAAGGCAGCACCUUCGAGCAAAGACGACGCAGACAAGCUGGUGGAUGUGCCAACACCGGCUUCUUUGAAGGCCGCGGAUUUGAAAGACUUCCCCUCGACGCGGCUCACUCGGGUGCUAACGGCAGGCAACAAUGAGAGCAUGGAAAAUACUCCGACAGAGCCAGAACCUGAAGUCAAAGGCCUGGGGGUAAACGGCAUUGAGGGGGAGAUGAAGACGGUUGCGAUAUAG